UUAAAAACCCUACACUACACUGGCAAAGCAGAGCCCCACUUUCUUCCUCCCUCCGCAGCCACCGGUUAAAACCCUAAAAAAUUCUCGGAGGAAAUUUGUCAGCAGCCAUGGAGUCACUGAUUCUACAGCUCCACGAGAUUGGCGCCGUUAAAUUCGGCAACUUCAAGCUCAAAUCCGGAAUCUUCUCUCCCAUCUAUAUCGACCUUCGCUUGAUCGUCUCAUACCCAUCUCUUCUUCAGCACAUCUCACAAACCCUCGUCUCUUCUCUCCCUCCCUCCGUCUCCUACGACGUCCUUUGCGGCGUCCCUUACACCGCGCUGCCCAUCGCCACCGUUGUCUCUGUCUCCAAUGGCCUCCCCAUGCUCAUGCGUCGCAAGGAGAUCAAGGACUAUGGCACCUCCAAAGCCAUUGAAGGGACCUUUCAAAAGGACCAGACCUGCCUCAUCAUUGAGGACCUAGUCACGAGCGGGGCCUCCGUGCUCGAGACGGCAGCGCCGCUCCGAGCCGCCGGGUUGAAGGUGAGCGAUGCGGUGGUUCUGAUCGACCGUGAGCAGGGAGGGAGGGAGAAUCUGGCCGAUAAUGGGAUUAAGCUCCACUCGAUGAUCAAGUUGACGGAGAUGGUUAGGGUUUUGAAAGAGAAGGGGAGGGUCGAUGAGGAGAUGGAGAGAACUGUGCUGCAAUUUUUAGAGCAGAAUCGGAAUGUUAGUGUUCCGAAUGUAGAGAAAUUGGGAGCUAAGGUUAGGGUUCCAGGGUUUAAAGAGAGGGCGGAAAUGGCGAAGAAUCCGACGGGGAAGAAGUUGUUCGAGGUUAUGGUGAAGAAGGAAACCAAUCUCUGUUUGGCUGCAGAUGUCGGAACCGCCGCCGAAUUGCUCGACAUCGCCGAUAAGGUGGGACCAGAAAUUUGCCUCUUGAAGACCCAUGUUGACAUAUUGCCUGAUUUCACCUCGGACUUCGGCGCUAAACUGCGUGCGAUUGCAGACAAGCACAACUUCCUCAUAUUCGAGGAUCGCAAGUUUGCGGACAUAGGUAACACAGUUACCAUGCAGUAUGAAGGUGGUAUCUUCCAUAUACUAGAUUGGGCUGAUAUUGUCAACGCCCAUAUAAUAUCAGGGCCGGGAAUUGUAGAUGGCCUGAAAUUGAAGGGUUUGCCUCGUGGAAGGGGUUUGUUGUUGCUGGCCGAAAUGAGCUCGGCCGGUAAUCUUGCCACAGGAGAUUACACUGCAGCAGCAGUGAAAAUCGCGGAGGAUCAUUCUGAUUUUGUGAUUGGAUUCAUCUCUGUUAAUCCCGCGUCUUGGAAGUGCGGACCGGUAAAUCCAGCUCUAAUCCAUGCAACACCUGGAGUUCAAAUGGUGAAGGGCGGUGAUGCACUCGGUCAACAGUAUAACACCCCAUACUCUGUGAUCAAUGAGAGGGGAAGCGACAUCGUAAUUGUGGGCCGGGGAAUCAUAAAGGCAGAAAACCCUGCAGAGACGGCUCGCGAGUAUCGGAUUCAAGGAUGGAACGCCUACUUGGCGAAAUGCUCUCAGUAAAUUCGGUCCCUUUGCUUCCAUUGCUUUGCCUGCCCCUCCGGGAUGAACGGGUAAAUAAGUUUCGUCCCGGCUCUGCACCUAAGCAUGAGGUUCUUUCCCCCCAGCAUGGGUUUAUGGGUCUGGAUGGAUGUAAGUUUUCGUGUUAUUCAAUAAAUUGCGUAUCGAUAGUUUGUACGAUGAUGUUACUCGAGAAUCUCAAACUGGUUCUGCGGUUAAGAUUUUUACUUUUGAGUUCA